AGAUAGAGGCAUAACAUAUAACACAGUGAGACGACUUAACUCAGAAUUACCUUACUCCAAAGCUAUCUCUAUUCAAUGUUCGAGUAUGCGAGGGACUGCAUACAGUUUCACUUUUUCGUUAGUUCCUCGCAUGACCGAACAUUGAAUAGAGAUUUAAAGAUAGCUUAAAGGAAGGAAAUUAAGGAAAUUCUGAGUUAAGAGUAAAGUCGUCACACUGCCAUCUCAUAAAUUCUUUUAUUGUUUUUUCCUAAAUGUCAAAUAACGAUUUUCAUAAAUUUUCAAAAAAAUUUAUUCAAAUGUCCAAAACUCCAAAAUUACAUUGAAACAAAAGCAGGAAUAAAUUAAUGCUACGCAUACUAAAUUCGCAAUUGAAUUAUAAUAAUAAUAAUAAUAAUAAAGAAGUGACUUCAUUUAUAAAAAAAAUGGAAGCUAAUUCAACAGUAAAUUAUGAUCCAAAAGAAUUUUAUACGGGUUCAGCUAACUAUUGGGCUAAUGUUCCCGCAACGCUUAACGGAAUGUUGGGUGGUUUUGGGUUCAUAUCAAAUAUUGACAUCGAUGGAUCUCAAAAUUUUUUGGAUUCCCUUUUUGAAUUUCUUUUCCAGAUUGAAGAUGCUCCAAGUCAUAAGUAUGCAUUAGAUUGUGGUAGUGGUAUAGGAAGAAUUACUAAAAAUUUACUUAUCAAAAAUUUUGAAUGGGUAGAUCUCGUAGAACAAAAUGCAAAAUUUUUAGAUACAGCCAAAAAACUUUUACGAUCUUCAUCAAAUAUCGGUCAAUUUUACUUAAUAGGAUUACAAGAUUUUUGUCCAGAAUUAAAUAAAUAUGAUAUUAUUUGGUGUCAAUGGGUUUUAGGAUAUCUUCAAGAUGAUGAUUUGUUAAAGUUUUUGAAAAAAUGCAGCAACGCAUUAAAAGAAAAUGGAAUGAUCAUAGUUAAAGAAAAUAUAACGAGUUCUAAAAAAAUCGAAAUAGAUACUCAAGAUUCUUCAUUCACUAGGCCAUAUGAUAAGCUUAAAACAGUAUUUGAUGCUGCAAAUUUGGUGUGCAUCAAAGAACAAGAACAACUCCGUUUACCUGAAGGUUUAUAUCCUGUACAUAUGUUUGCACUAAGGCCUAAAAAAUAAAAUCACUAAUAUUUACACUA